AUGACGUCUCCAAAUGAUCUUGUUCCGACCCCACACCAUACAUCACCAAGCCUUGCUCACCCGGGUGUUGUCGGAGGAUUUUACAGCCCAUUUGGGGCCAUGGGACCCGGUGUGACCCCUUAUUCGCAUCCAUCCUCAAUGUUCUACCCACCAUUGGACUUCAACAGAGCUUAUGCUCUAAGGAUGAUUGAAGAAAUGCAACGACGAGAACAGCCACAGAAACCGCCGUUUUCCUACAUUGCACUCAUCGCCAUGGCCGUCAAAAGUGCACCGGACAGGAAAAUCACCCUUAAUGGAAUCUACCAGUUCAUCAUGGAGAGGUUUCCAUAUUACCAUGACAACAAACAAGGAUGGCAAAACUCUAUCCGACACAAUCUUAGUUUAAAUGAUUGCUUUGUCAAAGUUCCUCGAGAAAAGGGCAAACCAGGAAAGGGAAACUAUUGGACCCUAGACCCUAACUGUGAGGAAAUGUUCGAAAAUGGCAACUACAGGCGACGAAAGAGACGUGUAAAAUCAUCAGGAAAGGACGAAAGGGAAAAUGGUGACGAAACGUCGGGUUUAGGGGACGAAUUCGGGGAUUCUGAUGGAGGCGAGGAUCGUUUAUCCGACGUUGGAGACGAUGCAUCGAACAACGGUGAAGAUGAUAGUGGUAUUAAUAUCUGUUCGGAAGACGACAAUUCGCGAGAUUCUUUGGACGCUAGGACGGAUGUCACUAGAUGUGUUCGGAGUGAACCAAAUAACAAUUGUAAUAUCAGAAUCGGCCAGUGUCCGGAAACUCGGAAAAGCCUCUUUACUAUAGACAGCAUCAUAGGAAAUGACAACCUCUCCGAUCGGAAGGAUCCGGAAAUGGGAUCUAUGAAAAGGAAAUCUUCUACUUCCGACGAUGAUAACGGUAAUGAAAACAUUAAAAAGAAAAAGUUUGAUAUAUUUGAUAGAAUUCCAAGUCCCCCUCCAAAGAUUAUUGAUUUGAAAGGACAAAAUCCAACAUCACUGCAGCUAUCUUUAGCAACAGCUAGUAUGUACGGACACGGAGGUCUCAUUCGAAACACGCAUCAGGGAAUUCCGGCUAAUAUUUUGUCCCUGCCAGCAUACGGGCACUUAGGGGGGUAUUCCCACCGUCCCUCCCAAGAACUGAUCAUGCGACCCCCGGGAAUUACGCACCUUCCUGUGAACAUGGCUCUUACUUCUCUGUGUGACAGUGAAUGGAACCAACGACAGACAGGACUUUCUCUCAGGUAA